GGCCGGUGAGCUAGAACUUUGAGGUUGAGGUAAAGAAUGUGAGUGGGGCACGCUGGGCUGGCUGGAAGCAGUGCAGGGACUGCAGUAGUGUGUGCGAGCUGGACGUGUUAGGGAGCGAGCCAGCUUUGAGGGCGCCAGGGUGACCGUGGGGAUGGGGGGAGCGGGAGGCAAGGUGAUGCCUGAGGCUAGUGUACAGAGGGUCGUUGCAGCCGAAGGGACCGUGGAUGCCAUUCUGGCUGCGGAGACCGAGGCCCCGCGACAAUCUCCGGAGUCCGGGCGGACGUGUGGCUUCUCAGGAGCUGGAAAGGCCCAGCUCAACUCCUCGAGGGAGGGUUAAGGGAGACCGGGAAAGCCUCGAAAAUACCGCCCGGCCUACACCCCUGCCCAAAGGAGCGCGCCUGGGCAGGAAUUGUGAUGAUCAGAAGGGACCACCCCACCUAGAAGAAGUCCUUCGUUUUACAAAUGAGGAAACUGAGGCGGAGGGAAGUCGAUGAGCUGUCAAGAGCAAACAGCAGGUUACUGACAGCUCGCACUAGAAGCCAGGCUUCCUCCUGCAUCAGCUUUUGCGGUGGACUGUUUUCUGUUCGUACCCUCUUCUUUGCCUCCCGAGGUGAAAUGGACUGGAUCAACGGGACCCAGGUGAAGCGGAGCUGCCCUUCAUGUGGCCCAGAGCCUUGGGGUGAAGAGAAGAAGGGGAGAGGAAACCCUAUAUCUGUUCAGUUGAUCCCCCCAGAAUUGGUGGAGCACAUCAUCUCAUUCCUCCCAGUCCGAGAUGUAGUCUCUCUAGGUCAGACCUGCCACUACCUCCACGAAGUCUGCGACUCUGAGAGCGUGUGGAGACGCAUCUGUCACCGGCUCAGUCCUCGUCUUCGACAGCAGGGUUCUGGAGUCCUGCCCUGGAAGAGAGCUGCGAUUCUGAACUACACGAAGGGCCUGUAUUUCCAGGCAUUUGGGGGCCGCCACCACAGUCUCAGCAAGAGUGUAGCCCCCGUGCUGGCCCAAGGCUACCGCCGCUUCUUGCCCACCAGGGACCACAUCUUCAUUCUUGACUACACGGGGACCCUCUUCUUCCUCAAAAAUGCCCUGGUCUCCUCCACCCUUGGCCAGAUCCAGUGGAAGCGGGCCUGCCGCUAUGUUGUGUUGUGUCAAGGAGCCAAGGAUUUUGCCUCGGACCCGAGAGGUGACACAGUUUACCGUAAAUACCUCUAUGUGUUGGCCACUCGGGAGCAGCCGGGAGUGGUGGCCACAACCCACAGCCAGUCCUGCAACUGUGUCGAGGUCUACCUGCAGUCCAGCGGGCAGCGGGCCUUCACGAUGACCUUCCACCACUCCAUGAGCUUCAAACAGAUCAUGCUGGUUGGUCAGGAGACCCAGCGGGCCCUGCUGCUCCUCACAGAGGAAGGAAAGAUCUACUCUUUGGUAGUGAAUGAAACCCAGCUGGACCAGCCACGCUCCUGUACAGUUCAGCUGGCCUUGAGGAAGGUGUCCCGCUGCCUCCCUCACCUGCGUGUGGCCUGCAUGGCUUCCAACCAGAGCAGUACUCUCUACAUUACCGACCAGGGGGGAGUGUAUUUUGAGGUGCAUACUCCAGGGGUGUAUCGUGAUCUCUUUGGGACCCUUCAAGCCUUUGACCCUGUGGACCAGCAGAUGCCGCUUGCGCUCUCACUGCCUGCCAAGGUCCUAUUCUGUGCUCUUGGCUACAAUCAUCUUGGCCUGGUGGAUGAAUUUGGCCGAGUCUUUAUGCAGGGAAAUAACAGAUAUGGGCAGCUGGGAACCGGGGACAAAAUGGACCGAGGGGAACCCACACAGGUACAUUAUCUGCAGCGCCCCGUUGCCCUGUGGUGUGGCCUCAACCACUCCCUGGUGCUGAGCCAGGGCUCAGACUUCAGCAAGGAGCUGCUGGGCUGUGGAUGUGGGGCCAGAGGCCGCCUGCCAGGCUGGCCUAAGGGAAGUGCCUCCUUCGUUAAGCUCCACAUCAAGGUCCCUUUGUGUGCCUGCUCCCUCUGUUCUACCAGAGACUGCCUCUACAUUCUGUCCAGCCAUGACAUCGAGCACCAUCCCGCCUACCGGGACCUACCAGCCAGCAGGGUGGCGGGGACCCCCGAGCCCAGCCUGGGGGCCGGAGCAGCCCAGGACCCUGGCGGGGUGGCGGCCCGGGCCUGUGAGCAGUACCUCAGCCAGAUCCGCAGUUGCCCCACAUUGCAGGACCGCAUGGAAAAGAUGAAGGAGAUCGUGGGCUGGAUGCCCUUGAUGGCUGCACAGAAGGAUUUCUUCUGGGAGGCCCUGGACAUGCUGCAGAGGGCUGCUGGAGGGGUUGGCCAAGGCUCCCCAACCCCUGACAGCUGACCCGCCUCUCCAGGUCUCACCCCUGGAGGGAGGGUCUGGCCCUGGGCCAGGGGCUAAGGAGAGGUGGAAUGACAGCAAUGAACUCUGUGUGUGUGCGCGUGGGGAGGGGGAUGCAGUGGGCUAGGGCCUGCUGGACAGGCCAGGGUGGGACUGUUUUGUAAAAUGUUCAGGGAGCUACCCAGGAGGGGCCCCC